CCCAUUCAUCUUCAUUAUCAUAUAUACAUCACUACUUUACAUAACAAACUAAACCAAACACAGAAUCAUCGAACAGUAGGCAACAAACACUGUUCCAUUCCCAAUAUGAAGCAGAAAAUAGUGGUCAGAAUCCCCAACCUAAAUGCCGAGAAGAUCCGCGCCAAAGCUAUGAAAAUAGUCGCGAAACUAGAAGGCGUGGGAUCAAUCACGGUGCAAGGUGAAAGCAUGGAGGAGAUAAUGGUGAUCGGAGAAGUCGAUGCGGUUGAGAUGACAAAUCGGUUGAGGAAGAAGCUGGGUUCGGCUGAGCUGAUCAGUGUGGAUAAAGUAGUCAGUGAGGAGACGAGUACGGCGGAUAAUAAUAGCAGCAGUAGUGUCGUAGAAGAAGUGCCGCAGCCGGAGUGGUUUUCGCCGUAUUACAGUUCCUAUUAUCCACAAUACUUGCCGUGCUAUUCAUUGUAUUGAUCAAUCUCAGUUACACCAAUAUAUAUGCAUGGGCAUGGUGAGGGCGAUACCUGGUUUGCAUAUGGACAGUUAUAAAGAGGUUUUUUCAAGAUUUUUUUUUGUUUUCUAGUUUAAUUUGCACUUCUUUUGUAUUGGCCAUGGAGAGUAUGUAUUCUUGAUUUCUAUUAAAAAAAAAAAAAAAAGGAAUGGGUGAUAACUGAUAAUCAUAAAAAUGUAAACUAUUUUUUAUUAUAGUCAUCAAAAGAAUUUGAAUUGAAGUUAUUAGUCUCUUUCA